AUGGAAAAUAAUGAUAGCUUGUCGAAUGAAAUUGGCGGUUGGAAGAAUGUGCGCCUCGAUCGACGUUUUGAUUGGGUUGGUCCGCCUCAUAAAUUGUCAAGGAUAAGACCUAUAAAAUUGCGAAGAAUCCAAGGUGAAACGGUAACAGAACUAGCUUACCGAGAAGCCCUUGAGGAUUUAAAUGAUUGGAACUGCAGGUUUUGGUGUGAUCAUAAUGCACUCUAUGAAAGAAAAAGGCGGGAAUUCGUUGAAAAGCGAGAAAGUUGCAUUGUUCAUAACGACGAUCUUUCCGAGUUUUACAAAAGUUUUAUUGAUGAAAGAUAUAAUAAAUGGCAUAAACGAAACUUUUCGCUCCUCUGGCCCGCGCUCAAAGUGAAUUUAAUAAGAUUUCAACGCUUGCUGAGGUUUUUUAGCCAUUAA